AUGUAUGGAACACAGUAUAGACAUAUGCCGCAUUGUACUAGCUUCAAUGGAAAGAUCAGACAUUCAAUAGUUUCCAGGCUUGAAGCAUUACAACGCGCUAGGCGGCUCAAGCUUGAUUUGGUGGAGGUUCAGAAAAAUGGAAAACCGCCUGUCUGCAAAAUUAUGGACUACCACAAGGAAAAGUACAAACAACAAGAAAGGGAAAAGGAGCGGGCUAAAAGCAAGUCAGAGUUGAGUUUGAGAAAAGGGCCUGGCAAGGAAAUACGCUUUUCUGCCAAAGCAGAACUAAAAGACCUGAAGAUGAAAGCAGAUAUGGUUAGAAAAUUAAUGGAGAAGGGUUACCGGGUGAAGUGCAGGGCAUUAGGAGGAGCUGGAGAUCAGGACAUUGAAGGAAUAUUAUCGCGCUUUUCUGCUUUGUUAGAAGAUGUGUCUGUCGUGGAAAGUGGACCGCAUGUGGGGAAAAAAGAAGCUUAUGUGAUUGUCAGGCAUAUCAAAUUUGGGCUACCAAAGAAAGGUGGUGCCCGUGGGAAAAAGUUGCAAGAUGCGAUGAAUAACUCUGUUGAGGCUCAAGAGGCUAGCGACGUUGAUGAAGAUCCGAAUGAAAGUCCUGCUGAAUCAGGGUUUGAGACAGAGGAAGAAGUGCUUUCUGAUGGUUAUAAGCAUGGGUCACUUGUGAUGGACAGGGCUAACUCAGCUGAUACUGGAACAAAUGCUGUACACAAAGAAGGCUCACCAUCAAAACGUAAUUUAGAGCCUCCUGCUAUGGUUGAGAAUAGGUACAGACGAAAUAAUCAACCGUCUAUCACACAAGAGCAGCCAACGAUGACUGAGAAUAGAUACAAACGAAAUAAUUCCCCAUCUACCUCACAAGACCAUCCUGCUGUGACUGAGAACAGACACAAACGACCGGAUUCUCGUAUGAAUAAUUUUCCAUCUACGGCACAACAGCCUUCAGUUGUGAUAGAGAAUAGGUACAAAAGAGCUGAUCCAAGAAUCAGUUUCCAACAAACGAUAUCACGGGACAAUUCUGUUUUGAAUAGCAGAGGACCUGAAGCAAGAGGUGCAUUCAGGUCACCACCCUCAGAUUUUAAUCAGAACAGGCAGGCCAUGCCCGGUUCUUGUGCUAAAACAGAAGCAUUCAAGCAAUCCAGAUCGAGAAACCCAAUGCCUCCUUUUGACGAUAUGGGCAGGGUGGAAUAACUCAUUCUAGCGCUUCUAACGCCCCAAGAUCUGGUUAUGGUAUUUCUGGUGCUAAUAAAAGCCUUGAUACGCCUGAUGCGUGAACAGGAAUGCAUGGGAAAAGAGAAGGUUCUCUUAUGAUUCUGCUCAACAUUGUAGCUCGAGUUCCUCAGCAACUUUGACAGGGUGUUGAGUAGAGAUGUGUGGUAGUCUCGGUAUGAUGCAUUAACGCUGGGGAUUCUGCAGUAGUGAGCUGAAUCAUGAUCCCCAACAGUUCAUCAAAGUCAAGCAAGAUAGGAUAGCAAAUAUAAUAGUGAUAAAAGCAAAUGAUAUUUAGGUCCAGUGAGUGUUCAACGAGGCCAGUAGCUUCAUUUGUUUUGUUUAAACAAUAAGGUUAUUUAUUUAUAUUUCUUCGCAUUUGCUUGGAGCUGAA